CAACGUGCACAAAGACCUAAACAGAAAUAAAAAAUAUUUGUGUAUGUACAUACGUACAUACAAUGUAAACACGUAUUUUGCUUCAAACACAAAAGUGAAUUGAGUUUAUUCAAUUAUGAAAAUUCCUGAAAUUUAUCAUGAAAAGCAGGUUAUGCAGCUAUGUGCGCUGCAUACACUUAAUAAUCUUUUUCAAGGUAACCAAUUAUACAGUAAAACUGAUCUGGACAAUAUUUGUUGUAACUUAAGUCCCACAGAAUGGAUAAAUCCUCAUCGAUCUAUUAUUGGUCUUGGAAACUACGAUGUGAAUGUUAUUAUUGCUGCAUUAAAAAUAAAAAACUACGAUGCCGUUUGGUUUGACAAACGAAACGACCCGUCAUGCAUAAAUCUUGACGGAAUUGUUGGCUUCAUUUUGAACAUACCCUCCGAUUGCAAAAUCGGUAAUAUAAAAUUACCUUUGCGAAGGCGACAUUGGAUUGCAGUCAGACGAGUAGAAAAUUAUUAUUAUAAUUUAGACUCUAAACUAAAAAACCCGGAAAAAAUUGGUGACACCGAUGAUGUUUUUAAAUUUUUAAGGGAGCAAAUUCAGCAGCUUGACCAUAGAGAGUUAUUCCUAGUGUAUCCCCUAAAUAAUGAAAAAUGUAAAGAAUGAUAAAUUUAAAAUAUUAUUUAGGUAAAAAAAAUAUGUUA